AUGCGCUCGACGGUGGCGUCGCCAACGCUGCUUCGCCGGUCCUGCAGCCUGCUCGCCGGGGUGCUGCUCAUGCUCGGCGUGGGGUCGACGUACGCGCUAUCGGCGUGGAAUGCGCAGCUCAAGACGCUGCUGCACUUCACGCAAGGAGGCAUCUCCACGAUCUCCUCGAUGACCAUGCUAGGAACGUACAUGAGCUACUUCCCAGGCGUGAUCUUCGACCGGCUUGGUCCGUACACGAGCGUGCUGCUGAGUGGGAGCGCAAUGCUGGUAAUUCACCUGGCCAUGUUCACGGCGCUACAGUUCGCUCCGGAGAGCCUGAGUCCGCUGGGAAUGGGGAGCGCCAUGCUGCUGUUUGGACUGCUCAGCUCGUUCUGCGUCUUCUCGUCCAUCGUGCCUAAUGAGUCGCUUUUUGGGGACGAAAACCGCGGCAAGGUCAUGGCAGCGCUCACGUCGGCGUACAGCUGUGGAGGCGCCUUCUUCGCGUUUGUGUUCCACGAGGGUUUCCACAGCAGCGACGUACCCGGCUACUUCCUCUUCGUGGGGAACUACCUCCUAGCUGCCUGCGUCUUCGGCUGGUGUGUCUUUGCUCGCCCGCUUGCGUGUGAAGAAAGCACCAUCAAGAAAAGGAGAUCCGGAAGCGUUGAGUUCGGUCUCGGCAGCACAAGCACGUCGUCGGAUGGGCAGGUGAACGGCGCCGCCAGCGAAAAACCCGUCGACAUCACGGGCGUGGCUCUGCUGACGGAUGUGCGGUUCUGGAUGCUCUUCAUCCCGGUGAUGAUUGUCAUCGGCGCAGGCUUGCUGGUCAUGUCAAACGUAUCUUUUAUCGUGGAGUCGCUGGGUGGGCCAGUGGAGCAGGUUCCGUUCAUGGUGGCGCUAUUCUCCAUCGUGAACACAUUGGGUCGCCUCGCGACCGGCGCCGUCUCCGAUCUCUUAUUGACACGAUACCCGCGCGCGUACUUCGCCGGCGCUUCCGCGCUGUUCACUGCCAUCACGCAGGUUGUAUUCCUUUCGGUGCCACCGAGCUGGUUGCUGCUGCCCGUGGCCAUGGCAGGCUUCUCGGAGGGGGUCAUGUUCGGCACGUUCCCAGUGAUCAUCCGCGAGGAGUUCGGUCUGCAGCACUUUGGCAAGAACUUCGGGCUUUUGAGUCUCGCCAACUGCGUAGGGUACCCUCUCUUCUUCAGUCCAUUGGCGUCGUACGUGUAUCAGCACUCGACGUCCACGCGCACCGUCGACGGCGUCGAGAAGUGCUUCGGUACGGAAUGUUUCGGCCCCGUGUUCGUCGUGGCCGUUGUCCUGUCGGUCGUGGCUUUUGCGUGCAGCGUGCAGCUCGCGCGACUGCAGCGCCGCCGCAAGUUCUACAGCUACCAGCAGAUCCGCCCGUAA